UGCAAUGUCAACAUCAGGAGGGCGGCAGACGUUAACAGCACCUUGCUCCAGAGAGGGGCUCGGGUUUGUUUUUAAUUGCGGUCAGAGAUUGAAUAUUGCCCAUUUUUUAAAUAAAAAAAUUACUUGGAGCUCCAGCGCCGACCCCGCCCCGCCAGGUUGAUUGGACGGAGCCGUCUGGAGACCGGAGCGGUGGGGAGGGUUUGGUCAGGUGCUAAAACAGUGCUUGAAGCCGCAGUGGUUGUCACCCCUCCGCUCAGAGGGACGGCAGUCCGAGGAGUUCCUCCCUUUUUCCCCCCCCCCCUUUGAAAAUUUCACUGCGGGACGCAAUUGUCAGCAUGCCUGUAGUAACAGACCAGGCUUUUGUGACUCUGGCUACCAAUGAUGCUUACGCCAAAGGUGCUCUUGUGCUCUGUCAGUCUCUGAAACGACACAACACUACCAGGCAGGUUGUGGUUCUAUUUACUCCACAGGUAUCCGGCAAAAUGAGGCAUGCGCUCCAGUGUCUAUUUGAUGAGGCCAGAGAAGUCAACGUACUGGACAGUAGGGACUCGGCUCACCUGGCCCUGUUAUCGAGGCCAGAGCUUGGGAUCACCUUCACCAAAAUACACUGCUGGUGCCUCGUGCAGUACUCGAAGUGCGUCUUUAUGGACGCUGAUACUCUGGUUUGUCAAAACAUAGAUGAACUCUUUGAACGAGAAGAGCUCUCUGCUGCUCCAGAUCCUGGCUGGCCGGACUGCUUCAACACUGGGGUAUUCGUCUACGUUCCUUCCGUUGAAACCUACGACCGAUUACUACAGUUUGCAGUAGAGAAUGGUAGUUUUGAUGGGGGAGAUCAAGGCCUGUUGAAUAGUUUCUUCAGAAAUUGGUCUACAAUGGAUAUCCAUAAACACCUGCCAUUCAUUUACAAUCUGGCCAGCAUUGUCUUGUACAGCUACCUCCCUGCCUUCAAACAGUUUGGCGCAUCUGUAAAAGUGGUUCACUUUUUGGGACCGACAAAACCUUGGCAUCACACGUACAGUGUGGAGACGAAGAGUGCCGUACAGGAGAGUAUGUCACCCAUGGACUCCACGUUUAUAAACUUCUUGAAUACGUGGUGGGACAUUUAUACGACUUCCAUUAUGCCACUAUUGACACAGGAGAAUGGAGAGAAAAGGGAAACUCAGAAAAUGCCUCAAGUAAGCACGUGGCAGGUCAGCACGAUAGGGCAAAAAGAGACUGAUGCGAAGGAAAAGACAUCUCUGGAGCCUGAGAAGUCUGAGCCAGUAAUGGAUAGCCAGGUUCAACCUGCCCAUGUCCAACCACCUCAACCUCCAGACUCGACUGGCCUUUCAGAACCGAGAACCAAUAUUCCACAAGCUAAAUUCAGGCAGCAGAUCGUGCCAGUACUCAAAACACCCAGAAAGUCAGCCUUGAAGAUGGUACAUGACAAUAAAAGAACGGCGGCUAGCCUUAGAGCAAAGAGAACCUUGGAGUCAUCGACAUCACAAGAGGUAGAAAAAGGGAUAUCCUGGGAGUCAUCACCAUCACAAGGGGAGUACAUUGGAGAAAGACAUGAUGAGUUUGGAACUAGAGAUUGUAAAGGGCAUGCUCUGGAGAUGGUCUGCAUUGCAGAAGAAUUACUGGGUGUCUUAAAGGCAGAUCCAUCUCUGGGGCCUAAUCAGCAGCCAGCAUCUGCAAAUAAAGAAGAUCAGAAGAGUGUCCAAUUUGUCAUAGAAUCCAGAUCACCAUCUCCAGAGAUGAUACAGGUAAAGGAAAUAUCUCCUGACACAUCUGAACAGACUGUAAAAGAGGAGAUAACGGACUCGUUCUUGGCACUCUCGCUGGGCUCAGAGCCUGUGGACCCUGACCAAGCUCAGGACCGGCGCAGGUGGGAGGAAGGAAACAUGGACUACAUGGGAAAGGAUGCUUUUGCAAACAUUCAGAAAAAGUUGGACAAGUUUCUGAAGUAGUGUUUUGGAUGUUUUUAAGCACUCUUCAGCAAAAAUACCUUUUUUUUCUUUUUUUGCUUAUAUAGAUAUGGAUGGCAGCUUAUCUGUGGCAUAUUUAAUAUUGCUGAUUUACUAUUACACUGUAAAUAGAA